UCCUCUCGAGUAAGGGGCGGUGGAUGAAGUGAGACGAUGGUCAUCCGAGUGUUCAUCGCCUCCUCCUCCGGCUUUGUGGCGAUAAAGAAGAAACAGCAAGAUGUAGUUCGUUUUCUGGAAGCCAACAAGAUAGAAUUUGAGGAGGUAGACAUCACAAUGUCGGAGGAGCAAAGACAGUGGAUGUACAAGAACAUUCCUCCAGAAAAAAAACCAGCUCAGGGCAAUCCAACGCCACUACAGAUAUUCAAUGGAGAUGGAUACUGUGGUGAUUAUGACAGCUUUUUCGAAUCAAAGGAAAGCAACACAGUCUUUUCAUUCUUAGGCCUGAAAGCAAGAUUGCCAUCAAAGGCAGAGCCCUAAGAGUGGAAAGAAAACUUAAGAGGGCAGAAGCACAUUUGGAAGAGCAAGUGUGGUGCUCAGCAAACAGCUGCUUACCUAAUGGAUCACUGUGAUAAAGGCCACGUGCAUCAUCAGCACUUUGCUUGCCACUGAAGAAGUGCUUUCCAAAGAUGUGGGACCACUGGGCAUUACAAAAAUCUAUAAAUCAAAU